UGUCAAAGUCUCCUGUCUGCGCGGUAGGUCUGGCAUAUUCUGACAGGCUACAGUGAGCAUCUGUAGAAGAGAGGCUUGAGAAAAAGGAGGAUUUCGAAAAUGGCCUGGAUUUCUGGAGGCCUGCUUUAAGGCUGGUCAGUUCUGCAAGAAAGGAAAAGAGGAGGACACUGGCUCAAACCUCUGGAGUUUGGAACCCUUGCUGUUGAUUGUGGGGCUUGACACCACGUGAACAAGAAAAGGAGGGGGAAAUUUCACCACAUCAAUGAAGAUCCACCUCUAGUGGCAGCUUUGGUGGUGCUGGGGUUGCUGCUGACUACCACCCUCAACAAGUUCUACACCCACCCAAGAGCCAUUCAUCUUCCCCCAGCUUGCUUGCACCUCUUCUGCACUUUGUCUCACCCACUGAGUCUGUGUGUGGGGAGGUGGCUGAUUGACUCUAACUCUUGUUGCCAAACUCAUAUCCUAAAUUACCAAAAGAUCGGCGUGUAAAGCAACAAACCUGUGACACAUCUGUGAUCAAGGUUGAGACUGAGGGAGGACUAUUUAACUGCGUAAUCUCUGUAACUUGUAUCAUGACUGGUGCCGAGAUUGAGCCUAGUUCCCAGGCUAAGCCUGAAAAGAAGGCUGGGGAAGAGGUUGCAGUUGGGGCUGAGAGAGAGAACGAAGUCCCUCUUGUGGUCAGGCCCAAGGUUAGGGCCCAGGGAACUACUGGAGCAAGGCCCAAAACUGAGACCAAGUCUGUGCCUGGGGCCAGGCCCAAAACUGAGGCCCAGACAAUGUCUGGGGCAAGACCCAAGACUGAGGCUCAGGCAAUGACUGGGGCCAGACCCAAAACUGAGACCCAGGCUAUGGCUGGGGCAAGGCCCAAAACUGAUGGCAGGGCAGUACGUGGAACACGUCCUAAGGCUGAGACUAAGGCAAUUCCUGGGACAAGGCCCAAGAAUGAAGUACAUGCGUGGGCUCAGACUGACUUUGCAGCUGAGGCAAUGUCACAGGCAGAGGGAGUGUCCCAGACUAAUGCUGUUGCCUGGCCACUGGUCAGUACUGAGUCUGGGUCAGUUAGUAAAUCUAAGGGCCUCUCUAUGGAUAGAGAACUAUCUAACAUGGAUUCUGAAACCUUUCCUGGCUCUCAAGGUCAGAAAGGAAUCCAAUCCUGGUUUGGACCAGGGGAUGAGACUAACAUGGGGUCUUGGUGCUAUCCUAGGCCCAGGGCCAGAGAGGAGGCCUCGAAUGAGUCUGGAUUUUGGUCAGCAGAUGAGACUUCUACUGUGUCUUCUUUCUGGGCUGGGGAAGAGACCAGUAUCAGAUCAUGGCCCAGGGAAGAGGCCAAUACCAGAUCCAGGCACAGGGCUAAACAUCAGACUAACCCCAGGUCCAGGCCCGGAUCCAAGCAAGAACCUUACGUUGAUUCCUGGUCUGGGUCUGAGGAUGAGGCUGGCAACCCAUUCGGGUUUUGGGCUGGAGAAAAUACCAAUAACUUGUUCAGGCCUAGAGUCAGGGAAGAGGCAAAUUUUAGGCCCAAGCUCAGGACAAAGAGAGAGGACUGUUUUGAAUCUGAGUCUGAAGAUGAGUUUUAUAAGGAGUCCUGGUUUAUGCCUGGAGAAGAGGCUAAUAGUAGAUUCAGGCACCGAGCCAAGGAAGAGCCUAAUACCAUCCUGAAACCUAGGGCCCGGAAGGAUGUUCGUAACGGUGAUAGAGUCAAACAAGAGCCCAGGUUUGAGGAGGAGGUCCUUAUUGGAUCCUGGUUCUGGGCGGAAAAAGAGUCCAAUUUGGAGGCUGGAGCUUCAGCAACCUGUGAGUCUGAGCCAGGGGCUGAAGAGGGGGCCAUUGGUGGAUCCUUGUUCUGGGCUGAGGAAAAGUCCAGCUUGGGGGCUGUGGCUAGGGAAGAGGCCAGGCCAGAGUCUGAAGAAGAGGCCGUAUUUGGGUCCUGGUUCUGGGAUAGAGAUGAGGCUUGCUUUGACCUAAAUCCUAAUCCUGUUUACAAGGCCAGUAACCGAUUCAGAGAUUCAGCUGAGGAGGAGCUUAAUACAUCCUCUAGGCCCCAAACCUGGGAUGAGGUUACUGUUGAAUUCAAACCUGGUCCUUGUCAUGGGGUUGGCUUCCCUUCCACUAACCCAUUUAGAAUUCCUGAAGAGGCUUCUGAAAUAUUUGAGGCAAAGCCCAAACAGGCAGAACUUAGCCCUGAAGGGGAAGAGCAGGAAUCUGCUCUGCCUGACUCUGAGUUCCCCUUUCAGUAUGACCCUUCCUACCGGUCAGUCCAGGAAAUUCGAGAGCAUCUUAGGGCUAAGGAGAGUGCAGAGGCCGAGAACUGGUCCUGCAACUGCAUACAGUGUGAGCUUAAAAUUGGUUCUGUAGAGUUCGAAGAACUCCUUUUGUUAAUGGACAAAAUUCGUGAUCCUUUUAUUCAUGAAAUAUCUAAAAUUGCAAUGGGUAUGAGAAGUGCUUCUCAAUUUACCCGAGAUUUCAUUCGAGAUUCUGGAGUUGUCUCACUUAUUGAAACCUUGCUCAAUUAUCCGUCCUCCCGAGUUAGGACAAGUUUUCUGGAAAAUAUGAUUCACAUGGCACCACCUUAUCCAAAUCUAAACAUGAUUGAGACAUUCAUAUGUCAAGUGUGUGAGGAAACCCUUGCUCAUGGUGUGAAUUCCCUUGAGCAGCUAACUGGAAUAAGGAUGCUUAGACACCUUACUGUGACUACUGACUAUCACACACUGAUUGCCAAUUAUAUGUCUGGGUUUCUCUCCUUAUUGACCACAGCCAAUGCAGGAACAAAGUUUCAUGUUCUGAAAAUGCUACUGAAUUUGUCUGAAAAUCCUGCUGUGGCAAAAAAACUAUUCAGUGCCAAAGCUCUUUCAAUAUUUGUGGGUCUCUUUAACAUAGAAGAGACAAAUGAGAAUAUACAAAUUGUUAUUAAAAUGUUUCACAAUAUCAGUAACAUCAUAAAAAAAGGAAGGAUGUCCUUAAUUGAUGAUGAUUUCAAUCUUGAGCCACUUAUUUCUGCAUUUCGUGAAUUUGAGGAGUUAGCUAAGCAACUACAAGCUCAAAUAGACAAUCAGAAAGAUCCUGAGGUGGGACAACAAAGCUAAUAUGAUUAAUCACCUGCCGCUUAUCAGCCUUAUGUUCCCAAAGAGACCUGAGUAGUGCUUUGGUGUUCAUAGUCUGGUUUCAUGUUGUAACUUAUAUAUUUCCAAUGCUGAUGUUAACUUUGUCAAACUCUUGUUCUGCGCUGGAUCAUUUUGUGAAUGCCAAAUGAAUUCUUAGAGCUGUAAACAUUGUUGAUACUUGUCUUGUCCAGAUUGCAAUAUUUUUCAGUAUUAAGCUUCCAAUGAACGGAAUCACUGGAGUAAGCUACCCUGCUAUUCGUUGUUUAAAUAUAUGGUUCUCUAUUUGAGUCUGUUUUCAAUAAAGUUGUGUGUUAAAAUUGGCA